GCUCUCCUUUCUUCCCUUAUCACCCUUUGUUUCAGUCUGGCCGCACACCCUUCCUCGCUACCUUCUGGAUAUCUGAGAACCUCCAGCUUCACGUUCUUGUCCAGAACACAGAGGCCGAGCGGAGCCUCCAGCUCAGACUAGACCUCCAUGGAUCCACUCCAGAAAUGGAAUCCAGUGUUGAUCUCGGGAUCUUCCCAGAUGACGGCUGCAGAGACUUCGCAGGCGGGCACAGCAGCCCCUCGGCCUUCCUCCUCAGAGCAGCUGAUGGUGGGCCUGGGUAACCCACGCCCCGGUCCUGGCUCCAGGCACCCUGUGCCUCUGCCAGAGGGGCUGCUCCAGCAGCGGUACCGAGAGGAGAAGAGCCUGCAAGAGAGGCGGUGGGAAAGGCUGGCGUUCCCGCAGAGGAAGAAAGCAUUCCUGGGGCACCUGAGGCGCAGACACCGUGAUCACAUGGCACCUUACCCGGCUGAGAGGGAACCCAGGAUCUCUCUGUCAGGGAACGGGGAUCAGAAUCGAUUCCGAUGCGAGUGUCGAUACUGCCAGAGCCAUAGGCCGACUCUUUCUGGGAUCCCUGGGGAGAGGAGCGGGGCUCCUCCUGCUUCCUCCUGGGAGGCGCUAGUGCAGGGCCUCAGCGGCCUGACCCUCAGCCUGGGUACCAGCCAGCCCGGCCUUCUGCCCGGAGGGGCGCUCCAGCAGCAGGAGAGAGAGGAGAAGCGCCAACUGGAGAGGCAGCAGGAGAGCAAGAGAGUGUUCCAGAGGCUGCUCAAACAGUGGUUAGAGGAAAACUGAGACACUGCUCGUCACGCGACGUUGGAAGGAAGGUCCUACUCUCCCGUGCCUGUCAUUCCUGGAUCGCUGUGAGGCAUUCUGUGGCAAGGGGGACUGUGUACCGGGGGGUCCUCACCUCAUCUCAUGUGGCUGCUGUGGUGCGUGUUGUCACUUUCCCACCCUGGAUCUCCAUCUUUGCUCCCUACCUUGUUGUCCGUAAGAGAUAAAACGUCUGUGUAGUGUCAAUGGCUUGUUGCUGUCCCUGUGCUUUUGUGCCAUUUAACUGACUGCCUCUGAGAAGCAGCACUAGGUCUGUCGAAAUGCAACGCGCCACCCUGAGGUCCAGUUUCAAGAACCGGAAGCUGAACAAAGUGUGGGAAAGGGACGUGGAAUGAGAACUUGGUGGUUCACCAUCGUACUGUGUGUGUAAACUAUUAUGAAUAUGAUAAGCUAAAUGUAAGUAAAUGUCUCCCUGCUCUUUAACAGUCAAGUCGUAGUCCUCCUCGCAGGAAUUCCGAUGGGGUACCUCAUCGUCAAUACCAA